AUGAUGGACUUGAUAAAUGAAGCACCUCCCGACAGUGAUGAAUCGAAAUGUGAAAAAUUUUUCAAGCCGUUACAGAUUAGAUAUCAAUCAGCUAUCGACAAACUAAGCCCCUUCACAAAGACAAGAUGGCUCAUUACUCUUAUACUUUUGUCUUUAUACAUUUUGCGGAUUUAUUUUGUACAGGGCUUUCAUAUAAUCAGCUAUGCCCUCGCCAUAUACAUAUUAGGAUUGUUUAUUCAUUCCAUUACUCCCCAAGUGGAUCCUGAAUUUGCUGAUUUGCUCGAUGAAGCUCCGACACUUCCCAGAACUGAGGCUGAUGAAUUUCGACCAUUUAUCCCACGUUUACUUGAGGCAAAGUUCUGGCAUCGAGCGACAAGAGCAAUCUUUAUAAGCAUCGUUUGUACCUUUUUUUCUUUUCUCGACGUUCCAGUCUUUUGGCCCAUCCUUGUCAUCUAUUUCAUUCUUCUCUUUACCGUUAUGAUGAAGAGACAAAUAAAGGUAUGUAUUUGUUUUUUAAUGUUAUUUUAUGAUAUGUGCGAAUUGAAAUGA